UUUUAUGUUUACAUUGAAGAUUUGACAUGAGAAAAAGAUUGUGGAAAUCUGCGUUUGUUUUCCGAUCUUCGACUUUCCAAUUUCUUAGCUCACUUUUCAGCUCUUCUCUCCUACUUCAUCUCGGUCGACUUCUCGUCGGAAAUGCUUCUAAACUUUCCGUCGACGGUAAAAUCACCGUCGAUAAAAUUACUGUACAUUUCGCCGGUGACGACCACCCGUCGUCAAAUUCCCCUCUCGCGAAUCAAUUCGUCGACAUUAAUCUCCAAAUUUCAUGGAAAACGCCACAUUUUCAACAACUCUGAGUUCAUGAACUCACCGAAAAGCUUCAAGAAAUCGAGCUCAGUCAAACCGUUGACCAUCGUGAAAUCGUCGUUAUCGUCGCCAAUUAUAUCCCCGAACGAUUCAUGGGGUACUUGGACUGCUCUCUUUGCCUCUGCUGCUUUUGGUUUUUGGUCAGAGAAGACCAAGAUAGGGAGUGCAUUAAGUGGUCCAUUAGUUGCUACACUUGUUGGGCUUGCUGCAAGCAACUUGGGAAUAAUUGCUUCGGAAGCAAAAGCAUAUUCCGUUGUCAUGGAGUUCCUGCUACCUUUGGCUGUCCCAUUGUUGUUAUUUAGAGCAGAUUUACGUCGUGUGAUACAAUCCACUGGGAAAUUGCUCUUGGCUUUCUUGAUUGGUUCAGUUGCUACUACUCUGGGCACUGUUGUGGCAUUCUUUCUGGUGCCAAUGCGAUCUCUUGGUGGAGAUGCAUGGAAGAUAGCUGCAGCUCUAAUGGGUAGACAUAUUGGCGGAGCUGUCAAUUAUGUUGCCAUUGCAGAAGCUCUUGAGAUCUCUCCUUCCGUGUUAACUGCUGGACUUGCUGCUGAUAAUGUUCUAUGUGCUGUGUAUUUUACCACACUCUUUGCUCUAGCUUCUCGAAUACCUUCAGAAACUGAAGCAUCAACUAAUGAUGACACAAUGGACUUGAGAUCUGGUGCUGGUGACAGGCUGCCCGUUUUACAGUCUGCAACUGCCAUAGCAGUGUCAUUUCUUAUAUGCAAAGCUGGAAGUUUUAUUACGCGAUAUUAUGGAAUUCAGGGUGGUAUGCUUCCAGCAGUGACAGCAAUAGUGGUUCUCUUGGCUACUAUGUUCCCAGGACAGUUUAAUCAGCUAGCGCCUUCUGGAGAAGUUAUGGCUAUGAUUUUGAUGCAGAUAUUCUUCACUGUUGUGGGUGCGAGUGGGAACAUUUGGAGCGUCAUUACAACUGCACCCAGUAUUUUCUUGUUUUGCCUGGUCCAAAUUUCCGUCCAUCUCGCUGUGAUUCUAGGAUUGGGCAAACUGUUUGGGUUUGAAUUGAAGCUGCUGCUAAUAGCCUCAAACGCCAAUGUAGGGGGUCCCACGACAGCCUGCGGUAUGGCAACUGCAAAAGGGUGGCAUUCCAUGGUAGUUCCUGGUAUUCUUGCUGGAAUAUUUGGAAUCGCCAUCGCUACUUUCUUGGGUUAUGCAUUUGGUUUUAUGGUUCUUCAAUACAUGUGAACAAGUUUCUUAAAUUUCGAUCACAAGUACAAAUUGGUGGCCUUAAACGCUAGGUUUGUUUUAUUCUUCUAAAUCUUAUACAUUUGAUUCUUGUGUUUAUUUCAGCCUCCAUUUGAAUAAGUGUAAAGACUGUUCAUAAAGGCUGCGUUUUAUUUAUCGGUUGGUAAUUUGCCCAAAAAGGUUCACACUCCGUCACUCCCCCUAUGAGAGAGUAUAAUAGUACACGGAUUUCUGUUAAUACUUCAUCUAUCUCAUUUUGCUACAUUUAUUGCAAAAAGCUUUAUGAUUAAUUUUUUUUAACGAUAUAACAAACAAA